AUGGCUGAAGAGUACACUUGUGUUGUUGAUCCGAUUGGUAAUCAAGAAGAGGACGAUCAAGACGAUUCUUCCUUCAUUAGUAGCAGUAGUGAUGAUGAUGCAAAUAUACAAACUCCAAGAGAGUUUGUAAUUAUGGAUCAACACCAUCAUCAUCAAGAAAAUCCUCUUCAUCACAGAUCAUCGGUUGGUGAUGAACAGGUUGCUCUAUCAAUUCUCUCUGUCCUCCCUACUCACUCCUCACCCAAACAGCAACAACAACAAUCAAUUCUUCAUGAUCCUCUCAAGCCAUCGAGUAGUAGCAGUAGUACCUCUACAAUUAAUAGUAGAGGAUCAUCGUCAGCUGCAAUUUCAUCAGCAGCCAUGAUGAGAGGAGGUACUCAAUUUUUACUCCAACAACAAUCAUCGACAAUGGAAAGUUCUUUCCUUCCUCCACCUUUUGCUCUCCCUUCAACCAAUGUGGCUUCGUCCUCUGCUGUUGUUGCUCUCCCUUCAACUGUUGUGUCUGCCACUGCACUCAGUAGCAUUAGUACUACAACUACUAACGUAACCAUUCCAUCACCAAUAAUUUCACAAACAAACAAUGUCAAAUCUUUGCCUUUGAACAAGCUUCCUACUACAGCCACAGCUCCCACUCCUAUCAAUGAUCCGAGUAGUACUUUGAUUCAAACAACCACUGUAAAAACCUCUCCGAAAAGGAAACGUGUUAGCUCAAAUUCUUCCAAUCAAUCCAAUCCAACCCAAAAGGGAAGCUCAUCUGCACGACCAGUCACAACCCAACAACAGCAACCAACUCUUCAACAACAUGCAUAUGAGAAUGAGCUUGAUGGUCUGCCUACUUCUACUACUUCUGCUUACUCCUAUCCUAAUAUGUUGCAUUCUUCUGCAAUGACUGGACAUGGAAUAAUGCAACCUUUUUAUCUUGCUGCUAAUGGUAUGAGUCAUGAUCCUAACUUUUUGUACUCCCAACCUGAAAUGCAUUGGUAUUCUUAUCCAAAUCAUCACUAUUGGAAUUACUAUCAAUAUUCACAACAACCUGGAAUACCCACAAGUGCUGAAGAAGAGCAACCAGAGUCACUAGUUCAAGACUAUUCCAAUAAUCAAGCAAAUGCUGAAGCAGAUAACUCUCAACAAAAUGUUGAAGGAACAAUUUAUGUAAAUCCAAAACAGUACCAAAGAAUUUUGAAAAGAAGAGUAGCCAGAGCUAAAUUGGAACAACAAAUGAAAAAUGCUGGGCAAUAUAAGGACAAAUCCUACAAGUACAAUUCUCGCCACGAAUGGGCAAAGAAAAGAGCUAGAGGUCCUGGAGGCAGAUUUUUGUCAAAGAAAGAAAAACAGGAAUUAGAGGAACGAGAAAAAGAAGGUUCUAUAGCAGAGCCUCCAACUCAACCACAACCUCCACCAAAGCCAAAAAAACAACCAAAGAAGAAGACAAAAAUUGAAACUUCCACCCAAAAUAAUAAUACUUCUCUGAUUGCUGCAACAGUGGUUCUCAAAACAAUCUCCAAAAUUUCCAUAGAAAACCAAAACAAGAGAAGAACCAUUAUCAAAAUCCUCGUAUUACAAAGUGGAUUAUUCGGCUGUUUUCUAUUCGAAGCGUUUGCUGCUGCUUCUGGAGUAGCCCAGGAAGAUCCACAGACAGCUCACUUUGCCUUGGGUUAUUCCACUUGCAAUUCUCUUGGUAUCUUAAUAUUUGCCUGUACUGCUUUAGCUCUGUAUACUCCUUUUAGAGCAUUGAGCAAGAAGGCAACCACCAAUAUUGUUGAGAAUAAUCAUUCAUCUCACAAUAUAGAUCAUCCUCACAGUUUAAGAUCGGCAAAUAAUUUGUCAUCCUCCACCUUGGUGCAUAAGAAAUUUAGUACUCUGAGUAGACAGAGUCAUCAUGCAACGACACCGAGAGCACAAAUACCUCAGUUCAUUGAAGAUACUGCAGUUGUUGCAGUUGUUGAAACAUGUAGUAAUGUUAAUAUUGAUAAUAGGGAAGCAGGAAAAAAUCAAGUGAGCCAACAAGUUGAUUUGUGUAUUAAUGGAGAAGAAAAGCAACCAGUAAUUUGUGGAGAAGAAAAAGAUGUUGUUUAA